UCCAAAGACCAGACACAGACCUGGUGGAGAAACCCGAACCGGAGAAGAGGAGGGGGGGAAAUUGGAAACCCUCGCGGUGUAAAUUGCAGCGGAUUCGCGCGGGCGAGGUGGGGAUCGGGGCGCGGAUCCGGCGGGUGGGAGCGGCUGGGGAGAGAUCUAUGCGCGGAGGAGGGGGAGGGGGAGUAGGAGUUGCGGGGUGAGGAGGUGGGUGGGGGGAGCCAAUGGAGGAGGAGGCGGGGUCGCCCUCGGCGGCGGCCGUGGUGCUGGCGCUGCUGGCGCUCGUGGUGGCGCCGGGGCUGGCGCUGCUGGCGCGGAGCCGGUGGCUCCGGGCCGCGGCGCGGAGGGAGGAGGUGCGGCGCCUCACGCGGCUCACGGCCGAGGAGUCCGAGCUGGCCGAGCGGGAGUCCGCGCUCGCCUACUACUCCGAGCUCUUCCCGGGCGUCGUGCACGCCGCGGAGGUGCCCGAGGCGCCGGUGUGGGGGCCGGCCCCGGUGGUGGCUCCUGCGCAGGACGACGUGGAGCCGGAACCGCAGCCGCCGGCGGGGGUGAAGGGGGUCUGCGCCGUGUUCCCACACUCCCACUCGGCGUCGGCGCCUCGGCGGCCACUCCCGUCUCCGCCGCCGCGCCCUCCGCCUGCUACUUCGCCCGCCGACCUCCACCCUUCGCCUCCCUCCUCCAGCUCCAUGCCGGCAUCAUGGACCCCACACGGGGAAGUCCCAGCCCCGGCAUCGCGACCCCGGCGCGGGCUCGUCGUGGGCAUCGUCGUCCACAGCGGCCCGCGCGCCGCCGCCCUCCUCCUGCUCCGUCGGGGAUUUGUCGGGGACGGGUCCCCGUCGGGGCUGAAAACCCCAAUCGGGGACGGGGACGGGCACAAAUUGUCCCCCGCGAGCAAUAACGGGGACGGGGACGGGCUGAAAUUCAGCUAG